AGAUUAUUUGACACAGUUUUAGUGGGUAACAUCGUAUUAAUUAUUUUAGGGGGAUAAUGACACACCAAAACUUGGCACCGGGUUUUGAUAUUUUAAUGGAAAUGCUUACGUCAGCUUUAACUAAUUUUCCAGUUAACUUCUUAGACUAAGAACUAACAUUUAGUCAGCACGUAGUAUCCGCCCCGCCUUUGAACCUUUUCUUUUUCUUUUUCCUUAUUCAUUAGGUCUGAACUUGUCACCUUCUUUUCUUUUCCUUUCGUUGACAAUGUUAUGGUCGUGGAAGCUCGUUAAAUUAAGAACUAAUAACUGGUACAUUCAUCAGAUGGAAACUGCAGAAUCAUAUCUGGACGCCGUAAAAAAGGCAGGAAUCUUGAUUGACAUGCAGGAGCGCAAGGCAAAAAUAUUACGUGACUCCAAUUUACUGGCUAGAAGUGUUGGCGGUCAUCUUACUUCACCGGGUAGCUUAUUGCUGGAGGUUGUAAAUCUUGUAGAAGCGCCUCUUCCAAUACUUGGACAAUUUGAUGCUUCCUUCUUAGAGCUCCCAGAAGAUAUAUUAACAACGGUUAUGCAAAAGCACCAGAGAUACAUUCCUCUGAGAUCUACAUCUACUGGCAAUCUACUGCCCUUCUUUAUUGCUGUUGCCAAUGGUGUGAUCAAGGAAGAAGUAGUUCGUAAAGGGAACGAAGCUGUACUCAGAGCACGGUACGAAGAUGCAAAAUUUUUCUAUAAAAUGGAUACUCAAAAGAAGUUUUCUGAGUUUCGAAGUCAGCUGAAUGGGAUUCUUUUUCAUGAGAAGCUUGGGACAAUGCUAGACAAGAUGGAACGUGUACAGAAGAUAGUUGCUAAACUAGGACUUGCUCUUGGAAUAGAUGAAAGGAUGAUCCCAGUUAUCAAAGAUGCUGCUGCAAUUGCUAUGUCAGAUCUUGCGACUUCUAUUGUCACAGAAUUUACUUCCCUUGCUGGAAUUAUGGCUCGCCACUAUGCUUUAAAGGAUGGUUACCCUGAGCAGAUUGCAGAGGCCCUAUUUGAGAUUAUGCUCCCAAGAUUUUCCGGAGAUAUCCUUCCAAAAUCUGAUGCUGGGAUAGUUUUGGCUGUUGCUGACAGAUUGGAUAGUCUUGUUGGUUUAUUUGGAGCUGGGUGUCAACCAAGCUCGACAAAUGACCCUUUUGGCCUGCGAAGAAUCUCAUAUGGACUUGUCCAAAUACUAACAGAGAACAAAAAGAAUUUGGACCUAAGAAGUGCAUUGACAUUAGUGGUAGAUGUACAACCUAUAGAAGUUGAUGCCAAUAUCAUAAAUGAAGUACUACAAUUUGUUACAAGGAGAUUAGAACAACUUUUGGUGGACAAGGGUAUUAAUUCUGAAAUAGUCCGCUCCGUUCUUCUAGAGCGUGCAAAUUAUCCGUAUCUUGCAUCACAAUCAGCUGUUGAAAGCAUUCCUGUGAAGUGCAAGUUUAAAGUGCCUAUCAAACUGAUGGAAGCCUUAUCCAGAACCGAACUGUUUCCAAAAGUAGUUGAAGUGUAUUCACGGCCAACAAGAAUCAUCCGUGGCAAGGAUAUCAAUAAUAAUUUGGAGGUAUCUUCGACAGCAUUUGAGAAAGACGAAGAACAAGCUCUAUGGAGUGCUUACUUGGAAGUUUCUACAAAAAUUCAUCCAGGUGUUGAUAUUGAAACUUUUGCGCAAACAUCUUUGCUAUUGCUACAACCCCUUGAAGAUUUUUUCAACAAUGUCUUUGUUAUGGCGGAGGACCAAAGUAUCAGAAAUAAUCGGUUGGCGCUUCUUAAGAAGAUUGCGGACUUACCGAAAGGCGUCGCCGACCUCUCAGUUCUACCUGGAUUUUAACACAACCAACAGCGUACUCCAACGCGUAACACAUUCCUUUUUUCUUUUUCUUUUUUGACAUUUGUAAUGAGAGAAUGUUCAAUAGAUGCUAAUUGUAUGAUCGGAGUAUACUAUUUAUUCUCUUGCCCUCGCGGUUACUUUGUGCUCCUUUGGUUAUGGUGAGGACCUUUUUCAAUAUAAAUGUGAUACUCUUACCACAUCGUAUGGAAAUGCGAUUAUAAUUGGGCAUAUAAGAGACCAUGGAUCCUAAUAAUAAUAAUUGGGCUUAAGUAUUUUGGGCCGGUGGUUUGGAUUCAA